UUAAAUAAAUAAAGUUCAGUGCGGAGCUCUGCUCCGUCGGUCGAUCCCCACCCACAGAUCGGAGCCACGGCCACGCUCCCGCCGUCCGUCGCCGCCGGGAGAGCGGCAGGCCGGAGCGGGAGAGUAUCCUAGCGUGCCAUGCCGCCGGAGACGAGGAGCAGGAGGGCGAGGGAGGCGCCGCCGCCGGCGCAGCGCCCUCGGCUCACGCGCGCCGGAAGCAGGGUCGAUGCGCCGACCCGUGGCCGCUCCGGUCAGGUUAGUGAGGAUGUCAAGACCACAUUCCAGAAUCCUGCAAGUUCAGUACAAAACAAUGUUAUGUUAUUAAAGGCGGUGACUGGAGAGGACGAGGGAGGCACGCCCAUCCGAGACCUUGUUGCCGUCGUUCCGCCGGUGACGAGGGAUGCGUGUGCAUCGGAGACAGCGUUGCCGUCGUUGCAGCACACUCGACUCACACGCGCCAGAAGCAGGGGGCAGGCUCCGGCCAGUGGCCGCUCCGGUAAGGUUAAUGAGGAUGUUGAGACCAGAUUCCAGCAUUUGGCAAGCUCAGUACAAAAUGAUGUUAUGCAGUUAAACGGAGCCAUGGAGGCAUCACUAGAUUAUAUGUAUGGAAAGGACUACGCCGCAGCCUCUUCUUCGCGGAUUCUCAACACUAGUGAUGAAGCCGUAGAACCAUCGUCACGUCAUGACGGUCACAACACCUUGGGCACAUACAAGGAUGGGCAGGACAACUGCACAUCCACUGGUCAUGAUGAGUCCGGCACCGCCACAAAUCCUGAAGCCGCGGCCGAUCGCGACGAAGGGACCGACCAAGGGGACCAGGCAGCUGGACAACACAAAAGGCAACGCAAGCCUAGGCGCCGAAACAUGCUCGGCACCGAUAGGAUUGUUAUCAACCGAGUGUCUGAGGCGGGUCUACCUGUUAGUCCCAAGAAGGCCAAACAAGGUUACAGGAAUGCACUAGGCUGCAUCCUUCGCGAAACCGUGAGCAUUAAUGAAACCAAUCUCAGGUCGAAAGCGAACGGGAAUUUGCGAGCGCUCCUCAUAUCGAAGCUGCACACUCAUUACAAGUUCCCGGAUGUAUCCCUCAACGAGACCACUCUGGUAAACAACAGAGCCCUCUGCAAGUGGUCCAAGCUUUUGAGUAGUUGGAAAUCCAAGGCCAAAAACGAAUACCUUAAGAAAGAUUAUGAAACUGAGAUAAAAAAGAUGUGGCCUUCGGUUUCCGAGGAGGACUGGAACCUGUUCAAGCAGCACUGCGAGACCCCUGAAGUCAAGGAGAUGGAAAAAUGGGGAAAGGAUAUGCGGGCUAAGAACAUUGGUAACCACACCCUUGGAAGCCGUGGUUACCCAGGAAAGAAGCCGAAGUGGGACAAGCAGGACACUGAAUUCACUGCAGCAGGCGACUAUCCUGUCAUGGUGUUGGAGACGAGGAGUAGGAGGGCACACGCAUCGGAGACCGCGUUGCCGUCGCCGCAGCGCCCUCAACUCACGCACGCUGGAAGCAGGGGGAAUGCGCCGACCAGUGGCCGCUCCGGUCAGGUUAAUGAGGAUGUCGAGAGCAGAUUCCAGCAUUUGGCAAGUUCAGUACAAAAUGAUGUUAUGCAGUUAAAGGCGACGACCAGAGAGGACGAGGGAGGCACGCACACCCAAGACGUCGUUGCCGUCGUUCCACGGAUGACGAGGAAGAGGGCAAGGGAGGCAUGCGCAUCGGAGACUGCGUUGCCAUCGUUGCAGCACACUCGACUCACGCGUAAUGGGAGCAAGGGGGAGGCGCCGACCAGUGGUUGCUCCGAUCAGGUUAAUAAGGAUGUCGAGAGCAGAUUCCGGCAUUUGGCAAGUUCAGUACAAAAUGAUGUUAUGCAGUUAGAGGCAGCGACUGGAGAGGACGGGGGAGGCGCGCGCAUCCAAGACCUCGUUACCAUUGUUACACGGAUGACGAGGAGGGCGGCGAGGGAGGCAUGCGCAUCAGAGACCGCAUUGGUGUCAUUGCAACGUAUUCGACUCACACGCGGCGGAAGCAGGGGGGAGGCGCCGACCAGUGGCCGCUCCGAUAUGUCUGGAAACGACUCCGACGCAGCCUCUUCUUCACGGACGAUAAGCGCGGGCGAUGAAGCUGUAGAACCGUCACCACGUCAUGGCGAUCCCGACGCUUUGGGCACAUUCAUGGAUGGGCAGGACGACUACACAUCCACUGUUCAUGAUGAGUCAGGCACCGCCACAAAUCCUGCAGAUGCGACCGAUCGUGACGAAGGGACCGGCCAAGGGGACCAGGAAGCUGGACAACCUAAAAAGCAACGCAAACCUAGGCGCCGAAACAUGCUUGGCACCAAUAGGAUUGUUAUCAACCGAGUGUCUGAGGCGGGUCUACCUCUUAGUCCCAAGAAGGCCGAACGAGGUUACAGUAAUGGCCUAGGCUGCAUCCUUCGUGAAACCGUGAGCAUUAAUGAAACCAAUCUCAGGUCGAAAGCCAACGAGAAUCUGCGAGCACUCCUCAUAUCGAAGUUGCACACUCAUUACAAGUUCCCGGAUGAGUCCCUAGACGAGACUACUCCGGUAAAUAACAGAGCCCUCUGCAAGUGGUCCAAGGUUUUGAGUACAUGGAAAUCCAAAGCCAAAAGCGAAUACCUUGAGAAAGAUUACAUAACUGAGAUAAAAAAGAAGUGGCCUUCGGUUUCUGAGGAGGACUGGAACCUGUUCAAGCAGCACUGCAAGACCCCUGAAGUCAAGGAGAUGGAAAAAUGGGGGAAGGAUAUGCGGGCAAGGAACAUUGGCAACCACACCCUUGGAAGCCGUGGUUACCCAGGGAAGAAGCCAAAGUGGGACAAGCAGGAUGCUGAGUUUGCUGCAGCAGGCAUACCAAACCCCUUCAAGGAAUUUGAAAACCCGCGUGAAAAUGAUUACAUCAGGAGCCGGUGCAAAUAUGAUGAAGAGACUAAGACAUGGGUCUUGGACGAGAAAACGAUGAAAGUCAAGGAACUCCUGAGGCAGUAUCAUGUGGAAUCUCAAAGCUCCCAGGAGUCGGAGUCCUCGGCAAGGUGGGACGACCCUCUGAACAGGUCAAUCAACGUGGUGCUCGGCAGGGACCCGAAAACAAGGCCAGCUUCUGGUCGUGUGAACGGUGUCGGGGUCAAUGAAAAAUGGGACACUCAUUAUCCCGAAGACCGCGAGCUUGCAAGGCAGAGAAGGAGAGCGAGCCGAGCUAGUUUUGAAUCCAGAUUGGCUGGAAUGAGAGAAGAACUUAAAGAAGAAAUGAGAGAGGAAAUCGAGGUGAAAGCGAAAGCCAUGGCGACAGCCCAAGUCAUGGAAAUGUGGCCCGAUCUAAUUGAGGCCGUCAAGCAGAGUUUAGCAUCGGGGCAAACAGCACCACCACCGUCCGCUGUAACGUUGGCGCCGGCCAAUGUCAUUUUGGAGAAAGAGCCGCGUCCUGGUGCACAUCAUAGCAGCCACUCUGUCUGUUUCAUGGGCUAGAUGUCGUCACUUAACGGAAGAGACUCUGUUUACUCUCCUCGCCAUGGUGAAGGGCCAAACAGCACGAUGCUGAACCCUAAUGAGUUUUAUGCAAGUUUGGAUUUUCAUCUGCUGCAUGCUCUGUGGAAUACUGCCAUGUUACAUAGGCUGCUAGGGCUCAUUGUUCUGUUUGUGUUAAUCUUUUGUUGACCUUUGAAAGUCAAGUAUCUAUAAUGAUCUUUGAAUAAACUGAAUUUCGAACAUGCACUUCUAACAAGAAUCCCUUUCUACAUA